CCGCACACGAAGAAGAGCAGCAUGCCAGAAACAGCUGUGAUCAUACAGACAGGGAAGCUAGCCAGCUUUAGACAGCUGCGGUGUGUUAGCUGUUAAAACCACAGAAUUAGGUUUUGUGAACAUUGUCUGCAGACAAACCGGUAUGACUAACGCACUGCUUUAGAAGAUUGUUUUGCUUUUACUACCUUUUAUUUACGGCUGUUUGCUCAUGUUAGCCGCUUGCUAAGUAGCUCGCUUUAGCUAGCUAGCUGUCACCGGGGUUGUUUUGUUCUUUGUAGAAGUGGCCGUUUCCUUUUUAACACAUGAGUGUGUCUAUGGUUGUUAUCCGUCUGGAGCUAGCCGACCAGUCUCCUUCUCCACGAGGUUUCCAGUACUCAGCUGUUGAAGGCAUGUCGCAGGAGGAUCUGCGGGAGAAGGCUCUGUGUGUAGCCAAACACACUCUGAGUGGGAAGACGGAUCUGGAGCGAUCAGCUGUGCUGCACCAGCACAUCGGCAGCCGGUCGAUGGGGGACAUGGUGAUCGAAACCUUUGAGCCCGGCCCAGAUAAAGGAGGCGGUUCCUCAGAGCAGGACGGAGAACCUCCGGCUGUAGUUCAGGAAGGAGCCGAGGCCUCGCAGGAAGGAGCCGAGGCGACCAGCGCGGCGCCCGACUCGCCCUCCAAGCAGCUGCCCGACCAGAUCUCCUUCUUCAGCGGGAACCCGUCUGUGGAGAUCGUCCACGGCAUCAUGCACCUCUACAAGACCAACAAAAUGACGUCGCUGACGGAGGACGUGAGGCGCAGCGCGAUGGUUUGCAUCCUGACCGUCCCCGCCACCAUGACCAGCCACGACCUCAUGAAGCUCCUGGCGCCCUUUAAUGAUGUCAUGGAGCACAUGAAGAUCAUACGGGACUCCACCCCCAACCAGUACAUGGUUCUGCUUAAAUUCUGCACGCAGGCAGACGCAGACAGUUUCUACACGGCGUGUAACGGCCGCCAGUUCAACUCCAUCGAGGACGCGGUGUGUCAGAUGGUUUACGUGGAGCGCGCCGAGGUCAUAAAGUCUGAGGAGAGAGCCAGUCUGCCGGUGAUGGAGCUCACCGAGCUGCCGAAGUGCACCGUGUGUCUGGAGAGGAUGGACGAGUCGGUCAACGGCAUCCUGACCACCCUCUGCAACCACAGCUUCCACAGCCAGUGCCUCCAGCGGUGGGACGACGCCACGUGUCCUGUGUGUCGAUACUGUCAAACUCCAGAACCAGUGGAGGAGAACAAGUGCUUUGAGUGCGGCGUGCAGGAGAACCUGUGGAUCUGUCUCAUCUGCGGACACAUCGGCUGCGGCCGCUACGUCAGCCGUCACGCCUACAAGCACUUUGAGGAGACGCAGCACACGUACGCCAUGCAGCUCACCAACCACCGGGUGUGGGACUACGCCGGAGAUAACUACGUCCAUCGGCUGGUGGCCAGCAAGACGGACGGGAAGAUGGUGCAGUACGAGUGUGAAGGAGACACCUGCCACGCCGAGAAGAUCGACGCGCUGCAGCUGGAGUACUCGUACCUGCUGACCAGUCAACUGGAGUCUCAGAGGAUCUACUGGGAGAACAAGAUCGUUCACCUGGAGAAGGAAACGACUGAGGAGAUCAACAACAUGAAGGUUAAAUUCAAGGAGACGUUGGAGCGCUGCGACAACCUGGAGCGACGCUUUGGAGAAAUCAGCAAAGAGAAGCAGGGCAUCGAGAAGAAGUGCACUCAGCUACACACUCGCGUGGUGAAGCUGAGCCAGGAGCUGAAGGAGGAGCAGGAGAUGAACCGAUGCCUGAGGGCCAAUCAGACGCAGCUGCAGUCCCAGCUGGUGGAGGAGGAACGCAAAGUGAAGGAGACCGGGGAGCACAAGGACGGGGCCAUCGCGGAGCUGCAGGAGCAGCUGAGGGACGUCAUGUUCUACCUGGAGGCGCAGGAGCAGAUCGAGCACCUUCCCCCGGAGGCCCGCAGCGAGAUCCAGGAGGGACAGAUUAACAUCGGGGCCGGCCCCGUCGGGACGCCGCCGGCGGAGGCUCCGCCUCCCACCUCCGGCAGGGGAAGGAGAGGCCGCGGAAGGAAGAGGAAGUAACGCCUCCUGUGGGCGGGGGAACGGAGAGAAACUGUCUGCGCUCUUCAAGUGUUCUGAGGGGGAAAAAAACUCUGGAAAAAUUUAUCUGCACAAUCUCCACCUGACGUAGCCUCCACCUGGAGAAAGGUGGAUGAUGCUGGAGGAACGUCUGGUCGUCACAAAUCCUUAAAAAAAGGAAAAACGAUGUUGAUUUGUUCAGUUUAACUUCCUGUUAGUGUUUCUCAUCAUGUAAAAAUGGACAAACUGUGUGUGUGUGUGUGUGUGUGUGUGUGUGUGUGAGAACAUCUGGACUCGAAGACACAUUUUCAGUCCACAUUGUUCUGGCUUUUCGUUUUCUUUAAUAAGUCGUUGUGACAGAAAACUCUUUCAAUGUCUCACUCUAAAAAACAUCUAAUAAAACAUGUUAAACGGCGCACUUCUUCUUCGUUGGUGCUGCUGCAGGAGCAGCAGAGAGCCACAUCUGCCCCGAGGCUGACUCCUCCUCCUCCUCCUCCUUCGUCCUCCUCCUCCUCCGCCCAACGCUAACAGCUUCCGCUCCACGUGUCUCUACCCGGGCGAGGUCAGGGGGUCGGUUCGUGCUCCGCCCUGCAGCCUGCUCGGGUGGAGGUGGUGGUGUUCUUGUGGUUGGGGGGGUGGGCGGAGGCUGCAGUAUGCAAACAUUCUGGCUCCUCUUUGCAUUUCUAUUCAUGUGGCAAACACAAACAGCUGGUCCCUGACUUUUUCUUCAAAGUCACAUUAUAUGUACAAAAUAUAUUUCUCCUGUUUGAUCUGAAUUACAAAUUAAAACAAAUGUUUUGCUUUCUUUUACUUGAACAACGACUAUAAAGCCAAAGGUUCAUGGAGAUGUUCACUGGUGGAUCUCUGAGUGUCCCUGAAGGACUUAAAGCAGCUUCAGCUCAACGAGUGUUUGGACGUUUUCUUGUGACCGAAUGUUUGAAGCCAAAUGGACCAAAAUCUCCAAACCGAUCAAUAAGUCUGUCGGACGAAACUAUGAUGAUAAUAUUAUAAUGAUUUAUCGAUAUUUUAUGUUUGAGAGACUCGAGCUGUCAGAUAAAUGUGCAAUGAAAUAAAAUACUCAAAUAUGUUGUUUAUUCCCGCUGGAGUCAAAGAGGCGCGCGAGCUUCUUUCAUUAAUAAUAAUGAUUAAUAAGUCUAAAUAAAUAAAUGAAUAAGUAACAUCUACA